AUAAAUAUUUUUAAAAUUUAGAAUAGGUAUUGUAGAAAUUUCUCUUUGAUAAAAAAAAAAAGAAAAAAAGAAAAAAAAAAAAAUUCACAGCUAAUUUCAGAAGAAUUUAUAAUCACUUCCGAGAUUGUGGUUAAGAACAGUAGUUUAAUAAUCGUAGUAAAAUUCCCCUUCCCAAUUAGCGGAAAUGACACACUAUGUUGAGCGGGAUUUAUUUGGUUAUCCCCACCUCUGUAUAACAUACAUUUUCACUUGUUUUUACUUUUGAAAAAUCCGCAAUGCUUACAAAAUCUGUCCUAAGAUGUCUAUUUGUGCGAUAUAAAUAUUUUUUCCUGUCAUUUGCGUAAGGUUCAUCAAUGAACACUAUUAUUGCACAUUAUAUGCAUCUCACUACUUAAAAAUAUACUUUCAACGAUGAAAGUUUAUGUGACCUUCGUAUCAGAGUAUUACAAUUUAAUAUCACGCCACAAAAUCCGGUUUUCAGUAUCAUCCUGGUAUUGCGAUUAGCCGGUGAUAAACAACCACAAGUGAUUAAAUGUACAUAUAUAUAUAUAUCGUGCUCCCCUAUCGAUGUUAUUAAUCCUAACCUGACAAUCUUUGGAAUGUGUUAUCCUUUAUUUCUUUAAAUGCAAUGAGCUUUUAGCGUGAAUUAGAAGAAUUUUUCUUGUCAUUUUUUUAAUUUUAUUCUUUAAUCUCCUGCAAUUUUCAAAUUAGUUUUUAAAUGAAUCUAAACAGAACAUCGUAUUUUAAUCGUCUUAUCUAAAGUGUCAAUUAUUAUUGGCACAUAGGCAAAGAGAUAAUAAAAAGAAAAAAUAUAUAUAUAUGUAUGUAUGUUGUUUGUAUGUAUAUAUAUAUAUAUAUAUAAAUUUAUGUGUAUACAAUAAGUGAAUAUACAAAGAAGAGGGAAAAAGUGAAAAAAACGUAAAGGAAUAUUCGAAAGAAGCUUUAAGGGAAAAGAAUAAGAAACUACUUUGUUGUGUUUAAAAAAGUAUUCGAUUAAAUAAAAAAAAUGAUGAAACGAGAAACUAAUAGUUUCGAUCGAAUUUUCGUGAGUGGAUGUAUUGUACUUCUGUUUUUUAAAAAUAUUCAUACUUAUCCACAUGAAGAAUUUCAAUCCUCAAAAUCAUCGAUGGAUAGAAAUUGGGAAUUAAAUAAUAAUGUCUCAGCACAACAUGCAAUUCAGACUAAAAUUAUUACACAUAGAGAGGAUCAAUCAUCAGGAUCUACAACAAACCAUAUGUAUGGUCAGGAUAUGAGUGUAAGAGAUGGAAAAUUUGUUUUUCCUACGGAAGAUAUACCAACAAGUCAGUCACACAAAAACACAUUAUUAUUACCAGCACCAGUUUGUAAUGGAACAACUUUUUGUGAAAAAGUAUUUGAAUAUCCUGAAGAAAUAAUAAAUGCUGCAAUUCAGCGAAAUAAUAGUAUUAAAUAUUUAGCAACUGUAGAUGCAAUACCUGAUAUUGUACAAAGAGUUGAUACGACGGAUGAUGCACCUCUUUGUUUAUCUAGUGAACAAGUAAUUUAUCCAAAAUCUGCAGAAAGUAAAAAUAAGGAAUGGUUAUUUAUUGUAAAUCAAGAAAAUUUUAAGCAAGGUGUACGAAUUGAAACAUGCAGUAAUGAAAAUAGUGAAUGUAAUAUAGUCAAUGGUCUUGCUGAAGGCUAUAAAACUACAUGUAAACAAAAGUACAUUUACCGUCAGUUAGCUGCUGUUUCAAAUAAUGGUAAGAUUAAUCCAGAAAUGUUUCGUUUCCCAUCAAGUUGUUGUUGUCAUGUUAAAUUUAUUGGAAAUUCAUUGACCAGAAUGGGAAUUGGUAAUCAAAGAAGUCAAAAAACUGAGAUAAAAAAUCGUAAAUAGUAAACUAUGAUUUUUAUGAUGCGUUUAUAAAAUUUAUAUCCCAUAUUUUACUUCACAAAAAUUUUACUGAAUUUCCAAUAAAUAUUUUUAUUUUUAUUAAGCAAAUAAAAAAUUACAUUAAUAUAUAAUAAAUAUUUUAUGAUUAUUAAUCCCUAAAGGUUCAUAUAUAAGUGUUCUCAACAACAUUCUUUAAACCAUUAGGGGUUAACGUUAAACAAUUUUUUAUAAUGUAUAAAAUUAUGAUCUUAUUACAAUAAAAGGAAAGAUUAACAAUUCAUGUUAAACAUAGAAUUUAUACAAUGUUAUGAAUUUCUUAUAUAAUAUUUAUAAUAAUACAGUAAAUAGUUAAUUAAUUUGAGCAAAUUAUAUAUUUCCUUAAUUAAAAACAAAAUGUACAAUAGAUUAUAUCAUAUGAAAGUAACAAAAUUUGUUUAUACAUUUUAAUAAUGAAAACAGUGUGUGUGUAUAUAUAUGUAUUGUAUAUAUAACUAAUAAAUUUAAAUAAUUUGAAUAUUCCUGAAAAAAAUUAACCCAAAUUUCAAUUUUAAUAUAUUAUUUUCGAUAAGACAUACAUUUAUUUUCAAUAAGACAUACAUUAGGUGACAAAACACACUUUGCUAUAGUAUAGCUGUAAAUUUUUAUUAUCAUUUAUAAUAACAAUAACAGGGCUUCAAUGUAUAAUUUUUCUAUGCAUUUCAUUUACUAUAUUUAAUUCUAAGAAUAUCAUGAAAUAGAAUAAACGAAUUGUAGUAUCAUGCAAAUUAGAUGGAUUAGGGAAAGUAUUUUUAAAAGAAUGUAAGUUAAAUAUUAUCGUAUUACUCAAUUGAUGUUCAUUUUUUUUUUUUUUUUUUUUUUUUUUUUUGAAAAAAAUUGUAUUUAUGAUAUUUGGAAAUAAUGAGAAUUUGCUUAUUUAUGAAUAAAAAAAAACACAAAAAAAGCAAAUUUAUAAAAAAUAAUCUACUAUAAGUAUACAACUUUGUACAUGGUGAUCUAAAUAUCAAGACCAAUAAAUAUAUAUGACUGCAAAGGGUAAAACAUUAUAUUUUUAUAUUAAAUAAACUAAGAUGAUAAUACGAUAUACUGUGAUAUCAUGAUGUGCUUUGGAAUGUUAUUAACCCAAAUGAAAACUGUAACCAUUGUAAAAUUCAGUUCGAAAUUGAAAGCCUCCAUCUUGAGCAAAAAAGGUUGGAAACAUUCCACGAGGAUCCACAUCUAUAAAAAUUUUUUAUCAUUUUGAAAUAUUCAUAGUUUUGUAUUAAGUCAUUGAAUAAUAAAUAAUUUUACAUACCUUGCA